GGACGUAUCAACUAUCUCUAGUGAAGAAAAAAAGGCCUAGUUCUUCUUCUUCUGAAAAACAAUGGUGACUGUCAAUGAAGUCCGCAAGGCUCAGCGGGCAGAGGGCACUGCCACUGUCUUGGCAAUUGGCACUGCCAACCCUCCCAACGUGGUCGACCAAAGCUCCUACCCGGACUUCUUUUUCCGAAUCACUAAUAGUGAGCACAAGACUGAGCUCAAGGAGAAAUUUCAGCGCAUAUGUGAGGCAUCUGGGAUCAAGAAGCGUCACAUGCACUUGACUGAAGAUAUCCUUUUGGAGAAUCCUAAUAUUGGUGAAUACAUGGAGAUUUCCCUAAAUGCCAGGCAAAAUAUUAUGGUGGUAGAGACACCAAAGUUGGCCAAAGAAGCAGCCCUCAAAGCCAUCAAGGAAUGGGGACAGCCCAUGUCCAAGAUCACUCACAUGGUGUGCAGCACCUGCAGCGGUAUAGAAAUACCCGGAAUUGAUUAUCAGCUCAUCAAGCUUUUGGGUCUCUACACAUCAGUCAAUCGCGUCAUGAUGUAUAAUACUGGAGGCUUUGGUGGUGGCGCUGUGCUUCGCGUGGCCAAAGACCUGGCAGAGAAUAACAAGGGAGCUCGUGUUCUUGUUGUCUGCUCAGAGCUCAACAUGGUGUCAUUUCAUGGCCCUAGCGAAACACACCUGGACAACCUUGUUGGUCAAGCAAUCUUUGGUGAUGGUGCGGCAGCUGCUAUUGUUGGUGCGGAUCCAAUAACCGAGGUUGAGAAACCCUUGUUCAAAUUAGUAUCGACAAUCCAAACCAUCUUGCCAGAUAGCGAUAGAUCUCUUAUGGGAUACCUCAAAGAAGCAGGGCUUGUGCUCUACCUGAACAAGAAUGUCCCUCAGAUAUUCUCCAACAAUAUUGAGAAGAGCCUAGUGGAGGCAUUCCAGCCUUUAGGUAUCACAGAUUGGAACUCCAUUUUCUGGGUGGCACACCCAGGUAGUCGAGCUAUAUUGGACCAAGUGGAGGCCAAGUUGGGUCUUAAGCCUGAAAAACUCCUGGCUUCAAGACAAAUUUUGGCUGAGUAUGGCAACAUGUCAAGUGCAUCUGUGCUAUUCAUCAUGGAUGUGAUGAGGAAGAAGUCGGCUGAAAAUAGGCUCAAGACUACCGGGGAAGGAUUCGAGUGGGGUGUGCUUAUGGGGUUUGGAGCUGGCCUCACACUUGAGACAGUAGUCCUCCACAGUGGGGCUAUUUAGAAAGCAUAUCUCUCAAGUACAUUUUGGGAAUUCAGUAAUCCAUCUGUCUUUUUCCUUUUUUGGUUUUGUUUUUCUAAUAAGCAUGGGUCGUCCGAUUAAAGUUUGUGGUUAUUAUGUAACCAGUUCUUCAUAUGUUGUCCUUUCUGCUUGAUCUGUGUAUCAGAUUGGAAUGGUCUUGUGUGUAUUGGCAGUGGGUGUGUGACGCUUUCUUCUGACUAAUUAAUGAAAUAUUCAAGUUUCC